AGCUGAUAAUUCAAGUAAAAGAUCAAAAUGAGAGAUGUGGAAGACAUAGGCAAGCCCGCAAAAAGGGGACGACGUCACCCAGUAACUGAUAGCUUGAAGCGAAAAGUAAGGAAAUCAAGAACUAAGCAAGUUAUCAAUGAAACGGAGAAUAAGGAAUCAUCCACCAUUGAUGAUGGAGAUGAAAUGAUAACGGAAGUGCCGCAAAUGAACGUACUAGAAGGUCUGCUCUCAGGAACUUUGGAUGUUGAAUGGUAUCCUGCAGCUACAACGAAUCACUCGGUAACAAAAAAUGACAACGAAGAAGACUCAGAUGAUGGUUGCGAAAGCCCUAAUAAGGACCUAAAAUUGUCAUUACAUGCCAGUGCUUAUACCCUCAAGAAACUGGAGGUAUAUAAAACAGCUUAUAUCAUCUGCAUGACGAGGAUUAUAGAAGAUCGCAUACCAGCUGAAGAAGCAUUGCCAAUGAUGUCUUUGCCACUCAAAGAAGUAAUCGAAAGCAUUUUAAACACACGUGCCACCACGGAUGCUACAAUGGAUAAAAAAUUCGAGUACCUUGCAGAUGCUAUAUAUACAAACUCAGUGCUCUCGCUGUGCUAUGUAAUGGAAUCUAAAAUCUCAAGCGACACUGAAACUAUUGUCCAUGCAAUGACGGAUUUUAUAUACCGGAAUGCAAUGAGAGCUGAUUACCUAAUGACUAAUCAUAGCACCUUGAAAACCCCUAUGGCAAUGAACAUAGAAAGGCUUAUACCCAAGAUACCACUUAUAGUCUACAGAAUAUGGGAUACAGUGUUACAACUGUGCUAUGCACGAGAGAGAAGGUAUAGACACGUCUUCGUUAACGCGACACAAGCCAUCAUGAAAAAUGUACUUAUAGACUCAGUGGGAAUACCCAGAGGAUUGCUGAAUAAAUACGUGGAUACAUUUGGAUCACUACUAGCGGAUCCAAACAAGGAUAUACGUUGCAAGUGCAUCGAACUUCUAUCCAAAGUACAGGAUGGCAAGGUAAUGAACGAAAUUGUAAAGCAUAUAGGAGAUGCAAAUGCUAAUGUAAGACUUGCGGCAUUGACAGGUACUGCCGUACCACACAAUAUCGAUGCUGUAGUACCGAUCCUUAUCCAACUCAUCUCACACCUGGGAGAUGUGGACAAAGAUGUACGUAUCGGGGUAUACAAUAAACUAGCCUCGACAUACGCACUCAUACCAGUGGAAUUGUGUAUGCAAAUAAUGUACUACGGGUCCCAGGAAAAAAAUAAAGAGGUGCAGUCGGCCUACCUACAAAUGCUAGAAUACUGGAUAGAUGAAUCCGGAGACAUAACAGGGUUUAUAACCGAUAUGAUUUCACACGCAGACGAUAUUACUCCACUGGAAAAUGCCAUUGGAUUAAUAAUGCAAAACACAGAUUUCUACACUAAGGUCUCGAACCAGUCAAGUGCCCGUAACCAUAUGUUUACUCAAGAAAAUAUUGCGUCGUACAUGGUAAGAUUUAAGUCGCUAACUCCAGGAGAAUUAGUGUUACUUAGUGUAUUCUACCAAAAUACGUCAUUGCCAGAGGAAAGGAGAUUAAUCAAUGUAGUGGAUGUAAUAUCUUAUGCACAUUUCCUACUCACCCAGCUUUGUGAUAUGCCAGCAGAUAGUGACGAAGCGCCGCAAAGAGCAAUCACGGCCAACUCAGAUGAUGAGACCCAAUUCAUGGAUGCACGGGAAAACAACCAAUCGAAUAUACUGCAUCAAUACACACCAUCAGAGGAAAUCACAAUGAAAGGGCACUAUACCAAUACAUCGCUAGUGUCACAUGGGCUGAGGUCGCUUGCUAUCAUACUGCACUACCAUGAAAUAGAAGAUGCAUACCAAGUGGCACUAGUGGAAAACAUAUGUGAUAAAAUACUGCUGUACGGACCCGUAAGAGGUAAUAUAAAGGGAUUGAUGACAGAUGUUAUCUCACAAACGACGCUAGGAAACAACUCGUUCAGUGACGCACUACCAAGUAAAUGGCUCAAAUCUGGAUUUACGUUCACCGCUAUUAGCUUGUUGAGGUAUGUAUACGCCAGGAAGUUCAAAAUAGAAGGCAUGUUUAUAGGCGAUGAUCCGAAGAAUGAAAAGAUGAACUAUGAAAAGGUGAUCACGAGAAAAUUACUCACUAUCAUCUCAGAUAUCAAUGACCCGUUCCAGACCUCUGGGAUAUCAAACAUAAGUAUAAGGAGAGAAGAUUUGGAACGCAUGGAAAUGGAUAAAAUUAAAAUGUUUGAUCCAACCAAAUACUCUAUCGAGCACCUUAACCUACUAAACGCAAAACUAGAAGAGCAAAUGGAUCAGACAAUCACACAACAGGCGGAAUUAGCAAAUGUAAUGAGCGUAAGUAGAGAGGGACAUAUAGAAAAGAAGGCAUUGGAAAUACAGAAAGAAGCACUUGAAUCUAUACUGGAAAAGCAACAAGCAUUCGCUGAUGUCAUCAGGUCACACCUCAAGCUUAGAUGGUCACGAAUUAUGGCGAUAGUCGAAGCGUUCCUAGCGCAAACACAAAGCAUAUGCCCAGAGGAUCCCGGAUUGACUGAUUUCCCAAGAGCUAUACUGCUACCGCAAAUGUCAUUCUUCUGCUCAACAGUGGUCAGGUGGAGAAAUCAAUCUAUAACGGAUCAGUACUGCGAUGUACUCACAAGUAAAUGUCUAGCAACGUGGUGCAUGUUGAACAAAGGAAAAAUUGAAUUGUCGAGACAGUUAAAUGCGUUCUACGUAGCACUCAAAGGGGCACUGUCCAUACUUGAAGGACUCUUGACGCAGUCACAAGAAGCAAAUCAUAAAAAUGAUGAAGCACAUAAAAGACGUAUUGAGGUUCAAACAUUAAGGUGUGAGAUGUAUCUGGUGACACUUACAGAUCUGCUACUGGUUAACGUGGAUAUACACCAGAAAGCAGCACCCGAAUUCAAUGUGGACGAAAACAUUGUAGAAGAUAUAAAGGAUGUUAUCUGGGGAAUUGUAUUCUGUACAGUUAAAACAUCGAAAUACGUCCAGUCACUAGCUAUCAGAAUGGCGUUGAAACUGGUACUCACUGAGUCAAUGACGAUCAAGAACGUAGAAUCAGAUAUGAAAAGCGAUGACAAAAGUACUGUGAUGGAUGAACUGGCAGUACUCAGAUUAAGAGGCAUGCUUGAAUUGGUAUUUAUAGCACCUACAACAGAGAGAAGAUGUAUCUCAGAGUUCAAGUUCAUACAAAAUGAUCUCCAUACACAUAUCACGCCCGAAGAUAAGCAGGCCAUCGCCAGCACAUGCGCAUUGUAUCCCACACUCUCGUAUAGGCACCUGCGCAACUUUCACAAAGUGUUGGAACAAGUACUCAUGAGGUCAAUACACCACGCCCUGCUAUUAGACCUGAAAAUGUCAGGCUUCACCCAGCUAAUCACGUUCAUUAUACAAACCAUCAUGCACAAGUCACCACUAUACUUCUCACUUGAAUCAUUGGCAAAGUACUUCAAGUGGAUCAUGCUAAUCACUAUUGAUAAAGGACCAGUGCUAGCUGAUAAAGGUGGUUUCGUGCAGUUCAUCAAUUCAAUUAUAGCCAUGUUCAUCAAACAGGAUGUGACGAAACUAGUGGAGAAAUUAGGUGCAUUAGAUAAAUAUAACAUAGUCGAAGGCGAUAAAAAGUCAAUGAGUGAUAUCUGCGCAAUGGAAAAUCCACAAGUAGCACUCAUGGAUCUAAGAGAUAUGAGAGUACUGUUGACGUAUAUGGAAAAGGGUGGUUUUGUAAAAUCAAAAAAUAACCUAAAGGUUAUCAACGACCUGGUUCAAAUGAUAACCGGACAAUUGCAGAAAAUCGCAAAGCAAUAUCAUAGCACUCUACGUGAUACGAAAGAUGCAGUCGUUGUUGAUAAUUCAACAACUAUUAAGGUAAAAUACGCCAUCAAUGAUACAAAGGCAUUCGCAAACUUAGUGGACGCUUACGAUGCGUAUCUCUCUAACCUAGUGUCAAGAGAAAUGUGCGCCAUGGUAAUACCCAACGAAGGUAGAACAAAGAAUAGCAUUACAACAGAAAUCACGAAACCAUCUGGAAAACUUAAUCAUUCAACCAAACCAUCGCAACAAGUGCUCAGUGAUAUCCAAGAGAACGAUGAGGACCAAACUGAUGAAGAUUAUGUUGAAUGACAUUGCUGACACUGACUAAAUAUACAGU